AUGGUGGUCUUCACUAUUUAUGACCUUCUUUAUUCAACAGCACGUGGCUUGAAAAGAAGGAUAUGGAAGCCGGAUUACAAGGCUGUGAUCUUUGAUAUGGGCGGGGUUUAUUACAAAUACCCUGUGCCAAAGAGAGCUGACGAUGUGUUGAAGUCGGGUAGGACGUGAUGAUUCUGAUACGACGUUCUAAAUUUAAAUAUCUUAGAAAAGGAUGUGUUCUUGUCGGCAUUGAAGCAAUAUGAGCUUGGAGACAUUGCGUUCCCAAAAUUGUUUGAGGCAGCGGUACAGAAGUUUGAUUUUUUAAAAGGAAUGGAGCCGAGAGAGUGGCUAAAAAGGAUACUUGGAGAAAAGGUAAGACGAAACGGAAUACAGUGGGGACCUAAUCCAGUGGAAAAAAACGUACCAUUUUGCAUGCGGGAAGUAUCAAAAAUGUGGCAAAAUACUGCCUUCUCCAAGUGAAAAAACUUCGUUUUGAAGGCCCUUUUGAAAUAGGAGUUUUUUCACUUGGAGAGGAAGGUAUUUUGCUGCAUUUUUGAUACUUCCCGGAUGCAAAAUGGUACGUUUUUGGCCAAUGGUUCAGGUGCGCCACCGUAAACUGAUUGUUUUUGUUUUGUGUUACACGUCUGUUUAGUCAGUUUUGACAAGCCAAAAAAACCUUUUUUAAUUGACUAUCCAGCCUACAAAAGUCAUCAAAAUUCCAAUCUUCAGAGAUUCACGCCCUUAAAAAAACCAAAUGCUAAAUUUUAAUAAUUAUUUAUCGAUAUCUUCUUUUGCAACACGAGGGUUUUUAAGGAUCCAUUCAUUACAAAAGCGGUUCAAAAACUGAAGGAAUCUGGCCAAUUCAAAGUAGCAUUGCUCACAAAUAUUGGAUUCAGCGAUGACAGUCGUUCGAAAACGGAUGUCCCAGAGGAUAUUGAUCAGUUUGACGCGAUUAUUGAGUCCUGCAGAUAUCGGUUGAGAAAACCUGAUGAAGAAAUUUACAAGGUAAAAAUUUGUAGUGUGAACUACAGUGGGGUCCUGAUCCAGUGGCAAAAAACGUACCAUUUUGCAUCCAGGAAAACUAUCAAAAAUGUGGCAAAAUGCUUCCCUCUCCAAGUCAAAACACUACGAUUUCAAAAGCGCGCGCCCUUCAAAACGAAGUUUCUUCACUUGGAGAGAGAAGCAUUUUGCCACACUUUUGAUGCUUCCCUGAUGCAUAAUGGUACCUUUUUUGUCACUGGAUCGGAUCCGUCACUGUAACGGUCUAAUAAACAUUAUAAUUCCAGAAUUCUGAAGCUUCCAUUGCUUUCAGGUCGCCGCCAAAGAACUGGAUCUGAAGCCGGAAGAAUGCAUUUUUGUCGAUGACUUAUGGAUCAACUGCAGAGUCGCGGACCUUGUCGGAAUGACGUCCGUAGAAGUUGUCGUUGGAGAUACAAAAACAGCGGUUAGAAAGAUUGAGAACUUACUUGGCGUACCUUUGCUCGAAUAA